AUGGAUAGGAUUAGUGAGCUGCCUGAUGAGCUACUCUGGAGAAUAUUGUCGUUACUGCCGGCCACAGAUGUGGUAACCACAAUGGUUUUUUCUAAACGAUGGCAACAUGUUUGGAUGAUGGUGCCAAAACUUGUAUACGAUGAUAGCUAUAAGAACCACAGCUAUGAAAGAUUUUCGCAGUUUGUAGACAGGUCUUUGUUUCUGCACGAAGCCCCGUUUAUAGAAACUUUGCAUUUCAAACUUGGUAAAACCUGUGGUGCUGGAGAUAUUCGAGUCUGGACUAGAGCUGUAGAGAAAUGUUGUGUGCAUGAGCUGAUCAUCGAUAUUGAUUGUUCGUCCAGUACAACUCCAGUCAAUAUCCUUCCAAGGUGUUUCUAUACAAGAUGUCAAAUGCUUGUUACUUUGAAACUUAAGAGUGUCAUUCUUGUGGAUUUUUCAUCUCCGGUGACUUUUCCGUCUCUCAAAACUUUGAGCCUUCAUUCUGUUGAGUAUCCUGGUGAAAUUUUUCUCGACUCGUUUUUUUUCAAUUGUCCUGCUCUUGAGGAUUUGGUUGUGGAGAAAUGUCCUAAUGACAAUGUGGAAAUCUUCUUCAUUACUGUUCCUUCUCUCAAAAGAUUAGUAUUGCGGUUUUACGAUAUAGAUGAAUCUCAUUUAUUUGUGAUAAGUGCCCCUUCUUUAGAGUUUUUGGACAUUGUUGACCGUAGCUGUGGUUCUAUUAGUGUCGUUGUCAAUAUGCCUAAGAUUGUUAAAGCAACUAUUGACGUCACUAGUGUUUAUUAUCCUUCGGAAGUUCUUGCUUCUAUCACUUCAGUCAAGCAUCUUGAUUUAUUAACUUCAAAGUAUCCAUAUCCAGUUGGUAGUAUCUUCGGCUGCCUUGUACGUCUAAAGUUAUGCACAUGUGAGGCAAAGUGGUUGAAUCUACUUAUGUGUCUUCUCAGAGAUUCCCCUAAAUUACAAUCUCUCAAACUUGGAAAGGUAAGUACAUAUUCUAAACACCAACCACGCCCAUGCUGGAAUGAACCGAGUUCAGUCCCUGAAUGUUUGUUAUCAAGUCUUAGUACUCUGGAAUGGGUAAAAUAUCAAGGAACAGAAGCAGAGAAAGAAGUAGCAGCAUUUAUCUUAAGGAACGCAAACUGUUUAAAGAAGGCAACUAUCUCCUCUAAUUACACCGAUCCCAACAUGAAACUUAAUAUGCUCAAGGAGUUGUCUUCGUCGCCCAGACGCUCACCUAUCUGUCAGCUUAUUUUUAAUUAA